GUGAAAGAAAUUUAUUUAAUCGACGACAGAUCAAUUUUUUUUUUGGAGUGAAGAAUUAAAAAAAAAAAAAAAAAAACAAUCAACAAACAAAGACCAGAUACUUGAAAGAUAAUGAUGAAACAUUUUAUUUUUUAACUACGUCAUUAUUUUAUUAUUCUGGAGUUGAUACGCAGACUAGGUUAUUUCAUGAGCCAGCUGACUGACAGUUGAUGUGAAUUAGAUAAAUUAAAUGGUGUAUUUUGGAGUUUGUUACUAGGUUUAAUAAUUUUUAUCAAUGACAAUGGAUCAAGAAGUUUUGACAACUCUGAAACUACUUAUGAUUGGUGAAUCAAAUGUCGGAAAGUCAAGCAUUUUAUUAAGGUUCACCGAAGACGAGUUUAAUGAGAAUAUACAGAACACUGUGGGUAUGGAUUAUAAAACAAAGCAAGUAAAUAUUGAUGGCAACGUUGUAAAACUUGCAAUCUGG